AUAAAUUGUUGACGAAGGUUCUGGCAAAUCGGAUGAAAAUGGUAAUGUCAGAUAUAAUCAGUGAUUCUCAAUCAGCUUUUGUUGGUGGUAGGCAGUUGGUGGAUAGCGUGCUAAUCUUGAAUGAGGUAGUGCAUGAGAUAAAAAGAAGAAAGCAACAAAGCUUCAUGUUUAAAGCUGAUUUUGAGAAAGCUUAUGAUUGUGUGGAUUGGGGUUUUCUAGAUUGGAUGAUGGAUAGUAUGGGGUUUGGGGAUAAGUGGAGAAAAUGGAUUCGAGAAUGUCUUUCAACUGCAAGGAUUUCGGUGCUAAUAAAUGGAAGUCCAACGAAGGAAUUCUCUGCAUCCAAAGGCCUUCGUCAAGGUGAUCCUUUGUCUCCGUUUCUGUUCUUAUUGGUGGGAGAAGGUCUGUGUGGGAUGGUCAAAAAAGCUGAGUGUGAAGGGCUUUUGAGAGGGGUGGAGAUUGGAAGAGGAGGGGUGGUGUUGUCGUUAUUACAAUUUGCAGAUGACACAGUUUUCAUAGGGAAGGCUGAUGCAGAAAAUGUUAGAGUUGUGAAAGCUAUCCUGCUUUGGUGCUGGAGACAUGUUACACUGUGGGGUGGGCAAGGUGCCUUUUACAUACUUGGGCUUGCCAGUAGGAGGAACUCCAGGGAGGAAAAAGUUUUGGAAGUCAGUGCUAGAUCGGUUUCAUCAAAAGCUUGCCACUUGGAAAAGCCCACUACUGUCCUAUGGAGGCCGGAUUACCUUAAUAAACUCGGAGAUGGUUUAGAUAGCUUAUGGAAGAGGGUGAUUUGGGGAAAACAUUAUGGGGGUAGGAGGGAGAGGGAUGUUAUUUCCGCUGAGUGUUUGAAUAUGUCUCGGAUAUGGAAGGAUAUUGUGAGUUUGGAUAGUAGAUCGGAACGAUUAUCGAAGAUGUUAGUAAGGGGUUUUAAGUGGGAAGUUGGGGACGGAAGCUGUGUGGAUUUUUGGAGUGACAAAUGGGUGGGGGAUAAGUCUUUGAAGGAGUUAUAUCUUAGGUUAUUUGCGGUGGCUAUAAGGACGGAAGGAAGUCUGAAGGAUAUGGGUGUGUGGCGUGGAGAAAAUUGGGUUUGGGAUUGUAGGUGGAGAUGUGGAUGUAGAGGGAGGGCAACAGAAGAGGAAGAACAUUUUAGGGCAAUGAUCAAUGGAUUUAAGUUGAGGAUAGAUAGGGAGGAUUCUUGGCGAUGGGUGCAUAGUAGUGAUGGUUGUUAUUUGGUGAAGGCAGCAUAUGAGUUUCUAACACCGAAUUCUAGUUUUUUUUAGGAGAAAUGGGCUAAGGUGAUUUGGAAUAGAUAUGUUCCUUCUAAAGUGAGUGUUUUUGGGUGGAGAAUGUUUUUGAAUAGGUUAGCGACUAAAGAGAAUUUAUGUAAGAGAGGAAUUGUGUUGUUAGGGGGCGAUAUGGGUUGCGUGUUUUGUCAUGAGGGGGUGGAGCAACUUCAUCAUAUUUUAUGUGGGUGUAAAAGGGUAUGGUUAGUAUGGAUGAAGGUUUUGGGGUGGUGGGAGAUUCAGAGUGUUUUACCAAAUGAUAUGUUUCGUUUGGGGGAGUCAAUGGUAUUUGGUAUAAGUGGAGGAGUUUUGAGGGAUUUAAGGGCUCUCAUGUUUCUCGUUACGGCUUGGUUUAUUUGGUAUUGGAGGAAUAUGUAUGUGUUUAGGACAGAGGUGAUGACUGAAGGGCAAUUAUUUGAGUCUAUUCUAGCAAAAUCUUUUUUAUGGCUCAAAAACAAUGAACCAGGGUGUGUGUU